GAAUACACUACCUAGACCACGCCCAGCUGAGCGGAGGUUGUUUCUCUCGAGUAGAAUUUUCCUUUUGCGGUCCUGGGCACCGAUUGUUUAUUUUAAAAUAUUUAGCUAUAGUGAUUUCAAUUAUUUCAUUUGUACAAGUACAUGCAUGCUCCUGUUUGUCUUUUGUUCUUUUGUGGUUUAAGUUUAUAGUAUACCCACCAACUGACUGCAACUUUAGCUUGCCUGCUCAAGUCUCAGCGCGUUAUCUGGGGGUCUUUCAGUCCCCUCAAGUAUGAGUUCAAGAUGAAACGGCGAUUGGAGGAACAGGAACCAGUCUUUGCGUCCCAACAGCGGCGCCUUCCCGGCAACACUGAGACUUUCCAGCACCGUGCCCUGGCCCCAUCGUCGGCUGUAUACGAGGCCGUGGCCGACAGCAUGCAGCCCACCGCAGGCAGCAUCCAGUAUUCUGUCCCUCAGGGAUACCAGGUGCCCUCGGUGCCCCAGAGCUCGGGUGUUCACGGGCAUGCCCCUAGCCCGGCCGUGCAUGGUGGCUCCCACCACCAAAGUCCAGCCGUCCAAUCCCACGGGCCAACUGUGAUGCAGGGCCAUGCUCACCCCCCCGCACCCCCUGCCACAGCCCAGGGCCAGCAGCAGUUUCAGAGGCUCAAGGUGGAAGAUGCUUUGUCGUAUCUGGAUCAAGUGAAACUGCAGUUUGGCAACCAGCCACAAGUGUACAAUGACUUCCUGGACAUCAUGAAGGAGUUCAAGUCUCAAAGCAUUGACACUCCGGGGGUGAUAAGCAGGGUGUCCCAGCUCUUUAAGGGCCACCCCGACCUCAUUAUGGGCUUCAACACCUUCCUGCCACCGGGCUACAAGAUCGAGGUUGCAACCAACGACCUGGUCAAUGUGACCACUCCUGGUCAGAUCCACCACAUCACACCUCACGGCAUAUCGGUCUCCCAAAUCCCCCUGACUGGACCCCCCACUCCGCACCAACCCCAUGUGGCCGCUCCCACCACAUCUGCCCCACUUCCUCCCAUGCAGCCAACCCCUGCUAAGAUUAGCAAGCCGCUGCAGUCUCUAGCCCUUACACCAAGCAGCCAGCCCAAUCCAUCUAUACCAGCCUAUGCCUCCCCCCGCUCCCCACCCCUGCAGCCCCACACCCCAGUCAGUGGCGCGCCCAACAUCCCUCCUCUGCAGAACAAUCAGCCUGUGGAGUUCAAUCACGCUAUCAACUACGUCAACAAGAUCAAGAACCGGUUCCAGGGCCAGCCUGACAUCUACAAAGCCUUCCUUGAGAUCUUGCACACGUAUCAGAAGGAGCAGCGAAAUGCUAAGGAGGCAGGUGGAAACUACAUCCCUGCCCUAACAGAGCAGGAGGUCUACGCCCAGGUUGCCCGGCUCUUCAAGAACCAGGAGGACCUACUUUCAGAGUUUGGCCAGUUCCUUCCUGACGCCAACAGCUCGGUGCUUUUAAGCAAGACUACAGCGGAGAAGGCGGAGUCUGUGCGGAACGACCACGGUGGCACGGCGAAGAAGCCACAGCUCAACAACAAACAGAGACCCAAUCAGAACGGCUGCCAAAUCCGCAGGAACUCUGUGACGGGGGUAACACCCCCUGUCAAGAAGAAGCCCAAGUUACUUAAUUUGAAAGACUCGUCUCUGUCAGAGGCCAACAAACAUGGAGUUGGCACAGAAUCUCUGUUCUUUGAGAAGGUGCGGAAGGCCUUGCGGAGCGCAGAGGCCUAUGACAACUUCUUGCGUUGUCUGGUCAUCUUCAAUCAGGAAGUCAUCACCAGGGCUGAGCUGGUGCAACUGGUGCUGCCCUUUCUGGGAAAAUUCCCAGAGCUGUUCAAUUGGUUCAAGAACUUCCUAGGAUACCGGGAGAUGUCCCACAUUGAGAACUAUCCCAAGGAGCGUGCCACAGAGGGCAUCGCCAUGGAGAUUGACUAUGCUUCCUGUAAGAGGCUUGGCUCCAGCUACAGAGCCCUGCCGAAGAGCUACACACAGCCUAAAUGCACCGGGAGAACGCCACUGUGCAAAGAAGUCCUCAAUGAUACCUGGGUAUCGUUUCCUUCCUGGUCAGAAGACUCGACCUUUGUGAGCUCCAAGAAGACCCAAUAUGAGGAGCACAUUUACAGAUGUGAAGAUGAACGCUUCGAGCUGGACGUGGUGCUGGAGACAAACCUGGCCACCAUCCGCAUGCUGGAGACUGUACAAAGGAAACUGUCCCGCAUGUCAGCCGAGGAGCAGGCCAAGUUCCGCCUGGACAACACACUGGGAGGCUCCUCCGAGGUCAUCCACCGCAAGGCCAUCCAGAGGAUAUAUGGCGACAAGGCCGCUGACAUCAUGGAUGGGCUCAAGAAGAACCCCGCUGUGUCUGUUCCCAUUGUGCUAAAGAGGUUAAAGGUCAAGGAGGAGGAGUGGCGGGAAGCCCAGAGAGGCUUCAACAAGAUCUGGAGGGAGCAGAAUGAGAAGUACUACCUAAAGUCUCUCGACCACCAAGGCAUCAACUUCAAGCAGAACGACACCAAGGUGCUACGAUCCAAGACGCUGCUCAACGAGAUUGAGAGCAUCUACGAUGAGCGACAAGAGCAAGCACCAGAUGAGAAUGGCACGCCUUCCAGUGGCCCCCAUUUGACUCUGACAUACGAAGACAGCCAGAUCUUGGAAGACGCAGCCGCCCUCAUCAUCCACCAUGUUAAGCGCCAGGCAGGCAUCCAGAAGGAGGACAAGUACAAGAUCAAACAAAUCAUCCACCACUUAAUCCCUGACCUGCUGUUUGCCCAGCGGGGCGAGCUCUCAGACGUGGAGGAAGAAGAGGAGAUGGAGCUGGACGAGGCCGGAGCCAAGAAGCACAACGGCGUCACGCAAGGUGGCAGCCCAACCAAGUCCUCCAAGCUCCUCUUUAGCAACACUGGUGCCCAGAAGCUAAGGAGUUGUGAUGAGGCCUACCACCUCUUCUACGUCAACAAUAACUGGUACAUCUUCCUGCGGCUGCAUCAGACCUUGUGCUCGCGGCUGUUACGUCUUUACGGGCAGGCAGAGCGGCAGAUUGAGGAGGACGUCCGCGAGCGCAACUGGGAGAGAGAAGUGCUGGGCCUGAAGCGGGGCAAGAACGAAAACACUGCCAUUCAGCUGAGACUGAGGGAGCCCAUGGAUAUUGAGGUGGAGGACUACUACUCUGCCUUCCUGGAAAUGGUGCGGAACCUUCUAGAUGGUAACAUGGAACCAGCUCAGUAUGAGGAUUCCCUCCGAGAGAUGUUCACCAUCCAUGCCUACACUGCCUUCACCAUGGACAAGCUCAUCCAGAGCAUUGUCAGGCAGCUCCAGCACAUAGUAAGCGAUGAGAUCUGCGUGCAGGUGACAGACUUAUACCUAUCGGAGAGCACCAACGGAGCCACUGGAGGUCCCCUUCCCACCCAGACGGCCAGGGCUUCCACAGAAGCAUGCUACCAGCGCAAGGCAGAGCACAUCAUGUCUGACGAGAACUGCUUCAAGGUUGUGUUCCUGAAGAACAGAGGCCAUGUUCAGCUCACUGUGGAGCUUCUGGACACGGAGGAGGAGAACUCUGAUGAGCCCAUGGAGGCAGAGCGGUGGUCAGAUUACGUGGGUCGCUACCUGAAUUCUGACUCAACCUCUCCAGAGUUACGGGAACACCUUGCUCAGAAGCCUGUCUUUCUCCCCAGGAAUCUCAGACGGAUACGGAAAUACCAACGUGGUAGGGAACACCUGGAGAAGGAGGCCAGCGAGGGAGGGAAAAGGUCUGUGGAGAAUGCAGAGAACCUAAAGAUGGAAUGCAUGUUCAAGCUCAACUCCUACAAGAUGGUCUAUGUCUUCAAGUCUGAGGACUACAUGUACAGACGCACUGCCUUGCUGCGUGCUCACCAGUCACACCAGAAGGUGAGCACACGGUUGCACAAACGCUUCCAGGCCUGGGUGGACAACUGGGUGAAGGAGCAUGUCACCCGGGACAUGGCCGCCGAAACCAGCAAGUGGUUGAUGGGUGAAGGGCGUGAUGGCCUGUUGCCGUGCACCACAACUCGCGAGCCAGAGAUCCUCCACUUCAUGAACAUUAACAAGUACCGUGUCAAAUAUGGUCCACCAUUCAAAACUGCAUAACUGACUAAGAAUGGAAAGGGGGUUGUGGGGAGGUUGUAGUAGGACCGGUAAUAGGUGACAAGGAGAGGGCUUCUCAACAACUUUCAAAGCUGAUAUGGGAGCAACACAAAGCUAGCUGCCGUGUCGUACCGGGGCGACUGGAUCACUGUUUUUACCAGCGUUUUUAGCUGUGCCCACUUUUGCAGGGCCUUUGGUGCCAAAACGUAGGCGUCGUCCUGUUGUUUAAGAUCCAGACACAGUCACUGACCUUAACUCUUACCAACAGACCAAACCACAUCACAAAUCAAGGUCUUAAGGGCUUUAACGACAGGCUCCUGACUUUUGGACUGUGCACUCCGAUUGGAGCCUGCUACAUAAUGGCAUCCCUUGCGCUCAGUCGGUAGGCUAGGGGUUUCUUAUUGACACAGUAAUACAUGAAGCCAUCAGAAGAAGGGGUUUGUUGUCAGGUAUGUAUUUGGACGGUGUAACUGCAGUAUCCGUGGAAAUAGUUUUGGGGGAUAAGUGCACUUAACUACGUAAGUGGAUGCUUUUGAGGUUUCCGAAUUGCCUCGGUUUCAAGUUUGCAUUGAGCUCAUUGUGGACUGUUGUUAAAAUGAUCUGGCACAACGAUAUUCCUGUGUUAUGGCGAAGUCUCAAUAACCCAUCACUUUAAGAGGAGAAAAUGAAUUGCAGCAUUAAUAGAACAACGCCAGAGUCAAAAGCAGCAUUGUCUGUGGAGGAGUGAAAAGCACUGUUGCGUUUAAUGUAAAAGACAAGUAGAUUAGCCACACAACUCUGCUGUGUCUGACUGUAAAAUUGUAUAGCUUGUGAAUGUCAGAUAAUGACCUGUGCGGAUGUGCGCGUGUGUUUGUGUGAGUGUGUGUAUAUAAGUAUAUAAACACAGCUAAUCCUGACCGCCCUGGUAUUGAAACACUUUGGAGACGCUGGCAGUGCGCUACAUUGCCAAUACACCAGCUUGUAUACAUGAACAGAGAUCGUUGCAGACGGACUAUUCACACACUGCUCACAUUGUAAAUAAACUGUACAUAUUGUCAGACCUUUUUUAAGACAGAUCUGCAUUGUUGUGCUAGUAAUACUUUCCAAACUUACUGUGGACUAGUGAGAGAUUGCUGAAGUUAGAACGUGUACAGUACCUGUCAAAAGUUUGGACACUUACCCAGUAAGUGUCUAAACUUUUGGCUGAUAAUGUAUAUGAAAACAAAUGCAAGAACGUUUAUUACAGUUUUUACCAAAGGGAGUUGAUUAAUGCUAGUUGUUUUCUUUUUCCUUUGUGUGUUUUUUUUUUUUUUUGUCUUUUUUAUUAUUAUUCUUGUAGUAAGAAAUGUUAAUUUGAAAAGUAGAAAUGUAUCCAGGUCUUUUUUUGAAAUGGACGUUUUUAUAAAAUAUUUUAAUUUUUGGAUGUUUGAAAGUGGCUCUCAUUUCAGUCAACAUCACUGCCCAUGUGAAUUUCAUGAACAUACUCUAAAUGGGACAGAGUAGAACUGGGAUCUAUGCUUAGUUCUUACUUUCAGUCCUCAGACAGCAAAAAUACUUUUUGUCUCUGCCACCCUGGAUAGAUUUCUGCUCAGAAGAUAAUGGAAUAUAUAUAUAUACACACAUUUUUAAUAAUGAAAGUCACUUGAGCAUGUUUUGUCUGUGGAUCAUAGCCCCUUUAUUUGAACAUUAUUUAAAAUAAUAAUAAAAAAGUACAUUUGUA